CACAGUCUCCUCCGGCACCGGCCCGAGGGGAGCUCUCGGGCUCCCUCUGGAGGAAAACCGUUAGCCGGGGCCAGGCUGCUGUGCAAAUUAUCUGGCGGCCCCGGCGGCGGCGGCGGCGGCUUCGGUAGCCGUCGCCGCCGGAGACGGCUCUCCGGUCAGUGGGCUCCCCCGUGGGGUGGGGCGCAGCGGAGGCUCAGUGCCGCGCCGGGACCGGGCGCAGAGGCGAGAGUUAAGCGCCGUGGACUUGGGCUAUGAUGCUAGGAGGAAUUCGAGCGACCGCGCGCCGGCACCGAUAGCGGAGGCCUCUCGCCCUGACAACAUAGCUGGAGCCCGUGGCGAGCCUUCCCCGGGCCAGCAUUCGCACCGACAGCGACGGCGACGGCGGCGGCGGCGGCGGAGGCGGCGGCGGCGCCCCUGGUGGCAGUGGUGGCGACGCAAGAAGAAGCCGAAGAAGAGACGGCGGCGAAAGCGGUCGCGGCGGGCCAGCAUCCAGAAGCCCUGUGUCCCGCCGGAGGUAUGCGAGGAGGCUGCACCUGUGGAUGUAGGGUCUCCCCGCCAGCCUUCCCCGCCUCCGUUGCCUACACCCGGAAAGAUUCGACUCCCGCCUCCGCGGCGCCUGCGGCGCAGACUACGGGCCAUGGAACUCGAGAACCUCGUGGCCAACACUCUGCUGCUGAAGGCUCGUCAAGCAGGAUUUAGUAAGAAGAAAGGCCGCAGUAAAAAAUGGAGGGAGAUGCUGAAGUUGCCCCCAGUCAGCAUGUGCACUGAGCUGAGAUACUCCAUCGAAAAGGAUUUUAGCAGCCUUUGUGACAAGCAGCCAAUAGGAAGACUUCUUUUCAGACAAUUCUGUGAUACAAAACCAGAUCUAAAGAGAUGCAUUGAAUUCUUGGAUGCAGUGGCAGAAUAUGAAGUUACCAUUGAAGAGGAGCAAACAGAGUUUGGACUAUCAGUCUUAAAUAGAUUCUUCAAGGAGAAGUCAGAAGUCUCCUUACCACAGAUACCUUCAGCUGUUGUGAAAGACUGUAAAUGGAAUCUAAAGCGGAAUUCCUUCCCUAAAAAUGUUUUCCACGAAUGCGCUAGAAUUGUCUAUACCUAUUUGAGUGAAACACCAUUUGAAGAAUACCAAGACAGUAUAUACUUCUGCCGAUUUUUACAAUGGAAAUGGCUGGAAAGGCAGCCAGUAACAAAGAACACGUUCAGACAUUACAGAGUUCUAGGAAAAGGCGGAUUUGGAGAGGUUUGUGCCUGUCAAGUACGAGCUACAGGAAAAAUGUAUGCCUGCAAAAAACUAGAAAAAAAGAGAAUAAAGAAGAGGAAAGGUGAAACUCUGGCUCUGAAUGAGAAAAGAAUCUUAGAAAAAUUGCAUAGUAGAUUUGUAGUUAGUUUAGCCUACACUUAUGAAACCAAGGAUUCCUUGUGCUUGGUGCUAACCAUUAUGAAUGGAGGGGAUUUGAAGUACCACAUUUACAACCUGGGCAAUCCUGGCUUUGAGGAGCCGAGAGCUGUGUUCUAUGCUGCAGAGCUGUGCUGUGCCUUGGAAGAUUUACAGAGGGAAAGAAUUGUAUACAGAGACCUAAAGCCAGAGAAUAUCCUCCUUGAUGAUCGUGGACACAUCCGAAUUUCUGAUCUUGGUCUAGCUCUGGAAAUCCCAGAAGGGGAGCUGGUUCGAGGAAGAGUUGGUACUGUUGGCUACAUGUCUCCAGAAAUUAUCAAUAAUGAAAAGUAUACAUUUGGUCCUGAUUGGUGGGGACUUGGCUGUCUGCUAUAUGAAAUGAUUGAGGGACACGCUCCAUUCAAAAAAUAUAAAGAAAAAGUCAGCCGGGAGGAAGUGGAAAGAAGAGUGAGGAAUGAAACUGAGGAGUACUCUGAGAAAUUUUCAGAGGAGGCCAAGUCUAUCUGUAGCAUGUUACUCAUCAAGGAUCCAAGACAUCGGCUAGGCUGUCAUGGUGGAGCUGCUGCUGUAAAGCAGCACCCAGUGUUCAAGGACAUAAACUUCAGCAGGCUGGAAGCAAAUAUGGUAGAUCCCCCUUUCUCUCCUGAUCCUCAGGCCAUUUAUUGUAAGGAUAUCUUGGAUAUUGGGCAGUUCUCUGUAGUGAAAGGAGUCACCCUGGACAACAAUGAUGAACUCUUCUAUGCUGAAUUUGCUACAGGGAGUGUCACCAUCCCCUGGCAGAAUGAGAUGAUUGAAUCUGGAUGUUUCAAGGAUCUCAAUGAAGAGGAAGAGGAAGGAGAUUCGAAGUCAUGUAAAAAAGAGUAUUUGUGUCCCGACAUUCUCAGACCCAAGAGAAAUUUCUUCCGUAGACUCUUCAGAAGAGGGGGCUGCCUGAACAUUGUCAGUGAGGAGGGGGAGCCAACACAACGCUGACCGUUCACUGUGCAGACCACAGAGCAAGACCCUGGUGUUAAGAAGGAACCUGUCACUUACUCAGUGUCUUGUCCUUUCCAUGAAUUGUAAUAAACAGUCUAUGACACUGUUUAUAAUGUGCUUUCAUAUAUUUUUUACAUUAAUAUCUGCAUUGUCUUUUUACUGAAGCUGUAUUAAAGAAGAAGCCUGAGAACACCA